AUGUUUCCCCCUUCUCCUUCCCGCGCCUUCUCCCCAUCCUCCCCCCCGCUCCUUCCUCUUCUAGCUCGUCCCCCAUUCCCCCGUUUUCUGCUCACCACCCCCCCCCCCUCCCUCGUUCUCCCCUCAUCUCCUCGCUCUCCACUCAUCUCCCCCCUCUCCCCUCAUCUCCCCGCUCUCACCCCAUUUCUCCCCUCUCCCCUCAUCUCACUGCGAUUUAUGUCUCCUCGCUCAUUCGCUCUUCAUCCCCCCUCCAUCCACCUUCCGUUUUUACCCGCCAUUUUCCCCUCAAUUCCUCCCAUCUGCUCACCCCUCAUUCUCCCCCCCCCCCAUCCAUGCCCCUCUCCUCCUCCCAACCCCCAUCAGCUGACCCCCCAUCUCCCCACAUGCCCCUCCUUCGUUCACCCCUCGUUUCCCCCUUUUCCCCCGCACGUCCCUACUCCUCCCUCCCUCUCCCUUGCUGCUCUGCUCUGCUCCCCGUCCACAGAAUCAUCUGAGCAGAAGAUGGUGAAGAAGGUGCUCGAGCUGCACAAGUCCAAGGAGAAGAUCGCCUCCAAGGUUCCUGCUUAA